AUGCCUGCUCCAGCGUCUCAAGCCGCUCGCAAGAGAGUUGUUCACCAACUUGACACUCCCUUUUCCACUGUCUCGUGGCCAGAUGUCUCAGCAGAAGAUCAAGACACUAUUUUGGAGCUUUUAUGUGACUUACUGAGCCCUAUUGGUCAAUAUCGCCAAACACACGUCAAGAGAUCGAAGGGUAAACGUGCGGCGCAAAAGGAGAAAGAAGUCAAGAAGAUAGGGGAUGGCUCGAAAGAACCUCAGCCGCCACCAAUGCCCGAGCUCGAAGCCGAUAUAGAUGUUGGAUUUAACUCAAUUGCUAGGAAUCUCCAGUCAUGGUCGUCAAAGGACACUGAAUCUACAGCAGACGAACUUAAAAGGCAGUAUUGCAUGGUUUUCGUAGCUCGAGGCAACCAGGCCUCGGCAUUCAACUGCCAUUUUCCGCAAAUGGUUGGUACAGCAUCCAAACAACUUUCUGCGGAUAGUCAUAUUCGUUUGGUUGGGUUUUCUAAGCCCUGCUCUGAGCGCCUGAGCGCCUGCCUAGGAGUUCCCAGGGUGUCAUCCAUUGCCAUUGUCAAGGAUGCUCCUGGAGCCGGAGCUUUGCAAGAGUUUGUCAUGAAGGCAGUGGAACCAGUGGAGGCAUCGUGGCUAAAUGCAUCUUCAAGUACACAGUAUCUUGCUCCAAAGAUCAAUGCUAUAGAGACCACGGUAGGACCCAAACGCGCACGGGUUGAACAGUUUGACUAG